UUAGAACUUGUCAUACGAUGGAUACCUCCAGGGACGCCUCGCAUAUUUCGCAUACCUCGAACAUUUCGCAUACCUCGGAUAUUUUGCACACCUCGAAUGUUUCACAUCACUCCCAUGUGUCCAAUGUAUCCAUUCCGGCCGGUGGAGAAUUCCGGAUAGAUAUUCUGGACGAGCAAUUUGCCCAGUACUUGCAAAUAGCUAAGCACCUGAUGCCGAAACUAUUAUCACCCAACGAUCGUCAAAUAGCCGCCAAGUAUAUCUCACGCUGCUGCAUUCUCGGCAACGCCACCCACUCGUCCAAAAGCUACCGGAAUAACUUUUUUCGCUACUUCCUCAAGGUACUGGAUGCUUCCAUCCGGAAUCAGCAGCACUACGUACAAGUGGGUGAGCCAGGCGAAACGCUGACCGAAGAUCAGAAGGACGUGUUUCGUUGGUCCAACGAUCGUAGGACGUACGUUGCCACGAAAAUAAUCCCCAAUUAUGCUACACUGGUGUACAUGGCAGUUUGCGAUGAUCCCGAACAAGGAUGGGAUAAUGGUGGAUUCGGGUGUUACGAGUUUUGAAGGAUGGCCGCACUUGCAGGCGGCUGAUUGCAUUGUAGUGCUGCAGUUCGGGUUUUGUCCGUUAGAUGGAAAUAAAUUUACUGUGUAGAUUA